UCACGUUGGUUCUGACAUUUCAUUAUUAAUAUAGAUUUGUAAUUGUAUUUUAGCUUUUUUUUUUCAAAUAAUAGCUGGUUCAAGAUAUGGCACCAAUAGAAACGGAACACUUGCCUCCACACGUGCUGGUGAUGUUCACAGUAGAGAAACGAUAUGACGUGCAGGAUAUAAUCAACCAGUUCCCUCACGAAAUACUCGCAACUGGCUUGUUCGUUGGUGAAGACCCAAACACUGCUGAGCAUGUUGCAUACAGCAUAAAACAAUAUGAUAAAAUGGAAAGAUUGAGGAAGCAUAAGGACCGUUUAGCUCUCAUGGUGUCAAGAAAACGCAGUCUUCCUCUACUGCAACUGGCUGGGUUAAAUCCUUGUUACAUCAGUAGUGACGUGGUCUCUGGUGAAAGAGACUGUCUCACACUUUUUCCCGUCGGAUAUGGAGAUGACUUUGAAGAAGAAAUUAGCAUCAAAGAAGAGGAAGUACAGGAAGAAGAACGGAUACAACAAGCAGAACAAGAGCCGGAUGUUGUGGACGAGCAGAAAGAGGACGAAGAUAAUGAAGAUGAAGAUUAAGAAGCAUCAUACUUUUCCCGUGAAGGAAAGCUGUUUUCCUAUGUUCGCGUUCUGCUGUGCAUAAUAAAGUAAUUGCCGACUUGUACUGAAAA